ACAAGUUUACCUGCUCCAUCAACAGCCUCUACCUCAUCGUCGAAACCUCAGGAAUGAAACAAUGCUAGGUGUGCUUUCUUCUUUCUGACCACAAUAAUAAACAACCAAGACCUGUAAUUUGUUUAUGACAGCUUGACCCUGGCACCGGUGACCGAAAGCCGCCGAUUUUGAAAACUGUGCACCUCUUUUAUUACCUUGAUGCGUCAGUGAUUUCAAGGAAGGUAUUUGGAAGCAAAGGGAAUGAAAGAGCCCACAAGUUUUGCAAGCUAGUUGGCUGAUCUUCGCCUUUCAAAGGAGGCUGAUCCGUGGCUUGGCUGCCUGCCGCAGCAGUAACAAGUAACAUUGCCGGACAGACCAGUGAACAGCACAAGUCUAUGUUCACAAGCCUACAGCAUGGAUGGGAAAACAGACGCUCAGCAACCUAAAGACAAUCCUUCAUUCUUGGAUAAAAGCUUUGGGCCACACACCAUGAAGAGAAUCUCACUCUGUUUUUCAAAGCUUAAGAUCUUUCUCAUCGCAUUGGCAUUUUCCUACUUUGCCAAAGGCUUUUCAGGAAGUUACAUGAAGAGUAUGAUAACUCAAAUUGAGAGGAGGUUUGAAAUCUCUUCAUCUGUGACCGGUCUGAUUGAUGGAAGCUUUGAGUUGGGGAACUUACUGGUGAUGAUACUGGUGAGUUAUCUUGGACCAAAAAUUCAUCGUCCAAAGGUAAUUGGCAUCGGGUGCUUCAUCAUGUCCGUCGGGGCAUUUGUAUCAGUGGUGCCUCACUUCAUAAUGGGCCGUUACAAUUACAAAAGCAUUGCCGUUUCUAUGGCCAACUCGUCUGCCAGCGUCUCGGCCUGUUCAUCAGCAUCGCCUCUUCACCACACGAUGAGUGACACGGGAGGGGCAGGAGAUUUAACCACUCUUGAAUGUGAAAAAACGACAAGUUCCUCCUACAUGUGGAUUUUCGUGAUGGCAGGAAAUCUCCUACGUGGAGUUGGGGAAGCCCCUAUUAUGCCCCUGGGAAUGUCCUACAUUGAUGAUUUUGCCACGGAAGAAAACUCUGCCUUCUACAUAGGAAUUGUAAGAUCAUUUGGGUUGUUUGGACCCAUGUUUGGCUUUCUGCUUGGAUCCUUCUGCGCUAACCUGUGGGUUGACAUUGGAGCAGUCAAUGUUGAUACUCUGACCAUAAAUUCAAAGGAUAUGCGUUGGGUUGGCGCCUGGUGGCUCGGAAUACUGAUUGCUGGAGGUGUCAGCUUUGUGUCCUCCUUGCCUUUCUGGUUCCUGCCUUACUCUCUGCCAAAAGAAAGAAAAAAGACAACUGACAUUUUUACCAUCACAAAAGAUAACAAUGGCAAAACAGAUUCUCCAAAGCCACCAUCGCCACAGCUGAAAGUCUCAGAGGCAAUAAAAGAUUUUUUCCCUGCUUUGAAGAGCUUACUUGGAAACUCCAUCUUCUUGGUCUAUUUGAUUCUUAAUAUCCUCCAGUUCAAUUCUUUUGUUGGCACAGUGACUUACGAGCCAAAGUUUAUGGAACAGCAAUUCAACAUUUCCAUUUCAAGGGCCGUCUUUUUUAUUGGUGUGAUACUUUUACCCUUUAUGUUUAUGGGGAUGUUCCUGGGAGGUUUCAUCAUCAAAAAGUUCAAGUUACAACCAGCAGCGAUGGUGAAGUUAGCAUGCAUCACGUAUCUGGUGGCCUACUUGUUAAAUCUCUUCUACUUUGCGUCCAACUGUGAGGUGCUUCAGGUGGCUGGCUUGACUGUCAAUUACUCUGGCAUUCAAGAACCAUCCUUCCUGAAAGCAAAACCCAUUUCUGCCUGCAAUGCCGACUGUGGAUGUGAAGAUAACCAUUGGGAUCCGGUUUGUGGAAGCAACGGAAUCACGUACAUGAGUGCCUGUCUAGCAGGCUGCAAAGCAUCAGUGGGAAGUGGAAAAGAUAUGGUGUUUCACAGCUGCAGUUGUGUGGGAGAAUCAGGAUCUGGCAAUUUCACUGCAGUUUUGGGUCAAUGUCCAAGGGAGAACUGCACCAAAAAGCUGCCGUAUUUUCUACUUCUGUUGUCCAUAUUGACAUUUACCUUAGGUCUGGGAGGAACACCCUUGUACAUGAUUAUAUUCAGAUCAGUUUCGCCAGAGUUAAAAUCCUUUGCUGUUGGCAUUGAAACUUUGUGUGGAAGGGUGUUUGGGGGGCUUCCAGCACCGAUUUAUUUUGGAGCACUGAUUGACCUAACCUGCUUGAAAUGGGGUGUGAAAACCUGUGGUGGAUCGGGAUCUUGCAGGGUGUAUGAUACACAAGCAUUUAGAAAUGUCUACCUUGGACUCACUGCUGCGCUCAGGUUUGGAUGCUGCCUCUUAUAUAUCAUCCUCUGCAUUUUAAUCUCUAAGCGAUUUGGACACCACCACGGAGAGGUCAGCCUUAUGGAAAGGACUGAAGUGCCCUCUAUGAAGUCUUCAGGGACUGGAACCUCGAAAGAUGAGUCUUCCUGCAUGGAGACAUCAGUGAACGGAGACACACGCUUGUGAAAAGAAAAAGCUGACUUGGAUUCUGAGACGUGUGGCUCCUCUUGGUGCGACCAGUGACAAUAGCUCUGUGUGUUUGCUUGUGUGAGUGUUUGUGUGCAUGUGUGUUCCUGAUCAUGCCAACAUGGUUGCUUGACCGCUGUUGGCACAGCAGGGAUUAAAUCUCCGGCAGGAGCAUCAAUAAGGAUGUGUGAGCCAUCUUCUCGGCCAGAUUCCUCUUGGAGGUUUUGUGGGCAAAAGACAACACUCAAAAGUUUUUCAAACUGACAAGCAACUCUGGAGGUAUCUAAGAAAAAAAGGCAUCUGUCGGAGAAGCAAGCAUAGAAAAAAAUGGCACACAUUUCUGAUGUGUUUCAAAACACUGCUAAAGUGCACUUUAUUCAGCAGAGAGAUUGAGUUCAAGCUAUGCAUAUUUUUGUAAUGUUUUUUUAAAUGCGUACUCAUAUGUGUACAUUUAGGGUGGAAACAAGCAAAAACUGGGGACUGAGGCUGUCCCUCCCCCACCCGAAAAGAUGGAACCUGGAAUAAAUGGGACUUGGAGGCGAGAAAGAAAAGGCUGGUUAAUAUACAUUUUAUUGUUUCUCCUGUGUUCCCUAGAGGGUUGUGAGGAAAUCUAUUAUGUUGCCUUGUUUAUGGCUGAGACACGCUCCCUUAACAUGAUGGCAGAGCUGGUUCUCAAAACUCUAUGAGAUCUUCUCUUUCCUGCAAGACUGAGGACAUGA